CUGAGUUUAUUCUUUUAUUACUACCUGACUUAGUGAUAAUUUUUUGAAAACCAAAUGACCAACAUGGAAAAGGAUUCAAUGUGUGCCGCAAAUGACCCUUUACAUGUUAAUGCCAGUGUGUAUAGGGUUGGGCAUCAUCACUUGGUCUUCACAAUGUAAUUUAGUCCUGUCACCUUUAUGUCUUGUUAUGGGAGAUCUGAAAUGACCUACAGAUUUUCCUUUACAUGCUAGUGCCAGUGUAUACAGUUGGUCAUCAUCCCUCUGCCUCACUGUCCGCCAUGUCAUUUAGCUCUGUCAUCUUCAUGUCUGGUCAUGCAAGAUCAGGUUUUAACCCCUGUUACCUGCAAUGCUGGGGGUAGGGGAUCGUUCCAUCUAUACCACAAGGAGAUUCUUCUACCCCUGCAUCCACUUACUCCAAAUGGUGUGUCAUGAUAUGAAUGUAUUGCAUCAAGACCUGAUUUCAUUCCAAGUGCGCUGAUCCGCUCUGGUUGCCUAUAGUGAAGUUGUCACCAUGCAACUCAUCAUUGAUCAUCCCACUUGUCUCCCUCAUCAGCCACGUUCACCUCCUUCUGUUGCAGAUUUACAUGCUGACCCUUAUGUCCUCACAUUUUUUAAUGGAUGAAUAUGUAUUUUUGUUAUAAAAUCAGAAUUUGUAUAAGUGGUUCACAAAGAUAUAAAAAAUAAAAAGAUUUAGUGAGAUUGAGUUUCCAUGAACGUAUCCAAUCCAAAGCAUGUUUUUGGACUGAUAUUAGUCAGAUACUGAUCCAUAUACCUUAAACAAGUUCAUAAUUACAGUUUUGGCAGAUGUAACUCAUUUUGCAUUUAGGCUUGUAGGAAGAAAUUGAUUGCCUAUAAAAUAAUAUAACGACAGCCAAUUGAUCUCUGUUCUGAAUAUGAGACUUGUUUAGAUCUAAUCAUAAGAUUAUUUGAAUUUCCACCUUUAUAGUAUAUUUUAAAUUAUCCUUUAAAAGCUAGUGUCAAAUUUCAGUCAUUCACAUUUGUUUCCUGUGAAGUGGGGGUAUAUCAAGGAGCAUACAAACUGUAAUAACUUCAUGUCAACUUUUUACAUAUAUCAAUCAGCAAGUAAAUACAUUUUAAAUGAUACCAAACUUGUAUGGGGACAGCAGGCAUCAAGUUUUAACAUUUAGGUUAAUGGAGCCAUCAGGAAGCCAGCUUAUUUGUGGGUCAGACACCUUAAGAAUAGAAAAUCAUGCAGGGUGACAUUUUGGAACUUCGGAAGUUUAAAUAGACUUGAUAUUGUAGAUUGCAGUUAUUUAAUUAAUCCUUUAUAAUAAAGAUAAAGAGAUAAAGAGACAUAAACCCGUCCUUCCUACAUCACCAAUAGACAAACACAAUCAUCUGAUAAAACUUACCUGUUUCUAUUUAUAGAGAGCAGGAAUUUCCUUCAUGUCAUUCAAAUGAUAUUUUCUCAAAUAUUUUGAGGGAUAAAAUCAAUCAGAAAAUGUUGUGGUUACCUAUAUUCAUAUUGAAGACAAUGGACAGAAACAAUAUGCAGCUGCUGUCCCUGGGUCUGUCCUGGGUGUGGAGGACAUUGGGGUCAGCAGUUACAUGCGCACCAGGAGGAAGAGAACAUGGCUGUUGAGGGAAACAAUUGAGAGGAUCAUUUAUGAGUCACACGUUAGGGCCCUAACUGUCAAUUUGGCAGUCAGACAGAGGGGACCACAACACUUGGGAUGGAGUCAGAUAUUGACACAUUAUAUUGUAAUGGUAACAUGCCAGUAAUACUAGCCUGGGGUGAAUGGAAGCAGGGAAUGAGGACUCUCCUUGUGGUAAAGCCUAAGCAUUGCCCACCGCAGCACUGCUGGCUACAGUGGGUGAGACCUGAUCUCCCUUUACCAGAGACAGAGGAGAAAGGGCCAAGUGACAUGGUGGACAGUGAGGAAAGUGUACUGUGGACAAACACUCAAGUUGAGUAUCAUGAAACAAUAAGAAAAUACAGCCAGUCAGGAGAGAUUGUUUGGCAUGGUCCAUCAAAAAGCUGGGAUGAAAUGUCGGAUAAUGUUUACGCCAUUCAUUGUGCCAGCCUUCCUGAAGAAUGCAAGUUCCUAUUCAAUAGGCCACGCCCUGGUCACUGGCCAAGUCUUGGCACACUGGCCCAGGCAAAAAAGACAGGAGGGUUCCUUGUGCCACAGGGAUACACUGAAGAUCCUUCAAGACCAAUCAGGUGCAAAUCCACAACAUUCCAUGUGCCUCAAGAAUAUCCAAACUAUCCCCUAUCUAAGAGAGAGUGGAGAUUUUCUACUUCUAUGAUGGAAAGACAUGAUGUUUGACAUGAGUACAGUGCAGCAUAAAGUUUAUGUAUUCCUUAAGAUUCUUAGAAAAUCAAACAUAAAACUGAUUGUCGAUGACCGUUUCAGGCCAUUCCACAUUAAGACUGCAAUGUUGUUUACCAUCGAGACAUAUCCGCCAGAGAUAUGGAGGGAGGAAAACCUUGUUCAGUGUGUCAUCUAUUGUCUGACCACACUUCACAGAUGGCUGAAGAUCAAGUACUGUCCACACUACACAAUAUAUGGGGUGAAUCUGUUCACUGGAAAACUGUUCAAACAUGAACAGAACAAACUGCAUUCCAUGAUAGCAGAAAUCAUGAACAGUAACUUCCAGCACAUGUUUUCAAUUGAAAUGGACAACCUUGGAAGAAGAAUAACUUCUGUUUGUUGUUUAGAGAAUACACAAGAUCUUAACUCUAGAUCUGAGUUGAACAAAGUCCAAGUAAUGACUUUGUUUGGUUGGUAUGUAUCAUAUGCCUGUAAGUAUAUUGAUUUGAUACUUAUUGGUGACCAGGUUAAUGUAGAACAAAAGAUAAAUGCAUACCUAGAAACACUGGUAUCUAAACUUGAUAAUUAUAAAGAAUUAGAACCUGAAUUCACUUCUUUGAUAAUACCACAGUUGUGUGGCAGACUUGCCUGCAUCCAAGCCUCAAAGUGUAUCUACCGGAACCAACCUAUCACACAGAAUAUUAUCCACCUAUUCAGACUGUCCUUUGACUUUGACCUGCUGUCCAACAGACUGAAGUUUGCCUCAAUGUUGUACUGCAGUUGGCAGUAUGAGGCAGCAACAAACUGGCUGACCUGCUGUGAGGGCCUACUUGGACCUAAAGUGUGGCAAUUUUGUUCAUGUAAGGGAAGAAAUCUAACCGGUCCAUGCAAAGAGUUCAUGGAAAAGGCAAUCAACACAUCAUUCAAAGACAUGCUACAAAAGUAUACUGGCAUUGAUGUCCUGUUCACAAAUCAAGAAAUAAAUUGUGUUCCACAACAUCUGAGGUAUGAAAUGUUCAGAACAAUUGUAGGUGAAGACAGGCAACAAAGACUUCCAGCAAUAGACCAUGAAUGGAUGGACAAUAUAGUGAUUGACUGUAUCCCAUUUCUCCACUACCUCCAAUACCUCACACACAGACAACUGAACCAACAUCAGAGUAAACUCGAGGCACUCAACAAUCUUCAUUUCUACAUAUCUUCAAGUGAAGGUUAUGACCACAUAGAUACAGUCUGGAAUAUGCUGGGCCACUGCUGGGAACUGGAGAACAGGCUGGAUCUGGCCUGGAUCUGCUACACACAAUCACUGGAGAUCUACCCCAGAAACAAUUCUGCAAACUGGCAUGUACAUGUAGCUAGAAUGGUCCACAAUCAGUUAAAUGGUUGAAAUCAGAGUCACGUACCAAAAUAUUGCAACACUAUGUAUGAAAGCUGCAAAAGAGUGAAAACUCAUAAACAACACCAUGUUAACUGCCAUGUACUACAUAUUUAUCAAUAUUAGCAUAUUGAAAAUGUGUAAUUAAUAUAUAAUAAAAGAAAAUAUAUGUUGUUUAUUAACUUUUGAAAUUUGGCUUCUUGCUGUCUUGGAUUUGCAUUUUUUCUCCUUUAUGAAACUUCAUACAGUACAGGCCAUAUUUUCAGGGAGUCUUUCCACGGUCUUUUGAUCAGAGAACCAGUGGAUUAAAUGCUCUGGUGCGGGCAUAAGUUUUGGCAUGUUCUACUUUUAAAAAACAUUUUAUAUAAACUAGUAUUUCUUUUUAACUGAAAAGCACUAUAUUGAGUAUAUUUGUUGUAAGGAACCACUUAACGACAACUAAGUAGCCCCUUUACGAUAGAGGUCAAGGUUAGAGUGAAAUACACAUUAGUGCAUGAUAAUUGGUGGGGUUUUGAUUGAUUUAAUGCUUUUUAUUAGAUUUUGGGGGAGACUCACUGUGAAAACGUAAUUACAGGACCUAAGAUAGGUGCUUAAUGAUGUUGUGCAGCUAUUAGUUUCCCUUUUGAAAUAGAUAAUUAAUUAAUUGAGUAACCAUUGAUUGAGAUUGAGUUCUCAUAAUCUACAGUCUUAAAAUUUAUUUUCCAUCAACAUUCACAACAACAUGUAUUUUAAGGGCUAUGUGUUAAUUGAAACAGUGUUGUUUUGAUACAUGUUAUUCAUUGAAUAAUUUAUAAUUUAAUGAAUAAAUGACAGAACUUUUUAUUUAUUUACUCUGCUUAAAAGCUUUCACUCGGCCACAGAUGCAGACUCAAACUAUAGCUCCAUAUUUGUGAAAUAAAGUGGCACCUGUUGCAUGGUACAUAACUUAAGUUAAAACCAAAAGUAAAUAUGCAAUACCAAUACCCAGCAACACAUAGUAAGAAUCUAAUGUAUUCCAACACUUGACCAUUCACAAACGUUAUCAGCACAAACACGGUAACGAGACCAACCCACUUUUAAGAUCAUUUUCUCAAAGUCCCAUAGGUGGUCUAAUUAGAGGGGUUUUACUGUUAUACACUUAGUAUGUUAGUGAACAACCUCUCAGCAUCUAUGAUUGAAAUCAAGCAUACCAUAGAAUUGAAUUCCAAACAUAUCCCAUCUGAAAUUACAAGUUAUCAAUGACAUGUUAAAAAAUCUUCAUUUAUAGAUAAUCUUACCAUGUCAUAAAGGAACAAAAUUCCUAGUGUGCCUGGUGCUUUAAAAAUGUCUCAGCCUUUUUCCCAGAAUAAAAUGAAAACCUACCAAAUGUGUAUAUUUAAAACAAGAAUGGGGCAGAAUGAAUGCCAAAGCUAGUCUGUUGUUAUUCAGUCAAAAAAGGGAAAAUUAUUAAAUCUAGAGUUAAGGGCCUUGUUUUGCGUGUGUGUAUUGUCUCUGGAAACAUGUGUACCAAUUUUCAUUUGAAUAUCUUGGAACCAUUCUUUAAUUAUAGCCAGACUUCAAGUCUUUGCAUAACACUUACAAUGAUGUCACAAUUGACAUCAAAGCUAUGACACUUCCGCAAUUGUUAUUCUUCGAAAAACUGGCAAGCCAACAAAAUAAAAAAGAAUGGAUUCAAGUUUGUGCACUCUUCAAUGUUAUUCAAGGCUAAGAGUUUUGAAAUUUAUACUUCCAUGAAGUAACUAAUGAAUAACAAGGGCCAAAGGACA